CUGAUUAAGCCAAAUGCCUGCUAGGCCGCCAUGCUUUCGUGACCAUCAUCUUUUCCGCAAAGACGAAAACAACGAAGAAGUAUAUAAGUUCGUUGUUGCUAAAUAUCUGUGAUAUUCAGCUGUGAAAGUUGAUUUUUUUAUGUUUGAUUAUAAAUGUGAUAUCGUUAUGAAACGUGCGCUGCCAAAUUGUAAUACUGACUUUCACAAUCAAUGAAGUGUUGUAUUUUAUUUCAUUUUGUUUACUUUGCUCUCACUGACUUGCUAGCUUUGAUGGCCCCGAAGGACUGAGAUGUUGGUUACGAUAGCACUAGCUGGAGCGCCUUAUUGUUGCCACCGGGCUGGAUUAAGCCGAUUAGGCAUCGUCCUUGGCAAGACUGUGUGCGGUCUUAGACGUCCUUACAGUGAGUCAAAGAAAAAAUAGACUUCGUUCUUUCGAAACAAGUCCAGUUGCGCUGUCAUUAGAUAACUGGCUAAGGCCACAAUUGGCCCAUCUCGCCAGAAAUAGAAUUCUAAGCCAUGUUUUGUUCUAAUGUUUACUUGCUUCGAUACCGGUGCCAUACUUAAUUUCGUGUGAAAAUUACAAACAAUAAAAAACCUUGAACCAAAUUUCUUUACGAGGAUGUAAACAGUCCUGAAUUAUUAAAAAUAUUGAAGUUUGCUGUAACGAUAACGAUAACCUUAUGUCCAAAAUUCCUAUAAUAUUUGAACACAAUCGGGGUUUUGUGUAUAAUGUGGAUGACUAUUUCAAACUACGAACUUCCCAUCGUCUGGUUUGUAAUUUGAUUGGGGUGCCGGUUUCUAAACCUCGCGAUGCGCGCACUUUUGGACUUCCAGCAAUACUUUCGCCAUUGGAAUUGAAAUUAGCUAUAGAAAACGGGAUAGGCGUUCUCGUGGACAAAACAGUUUCAUUUCGACGAUCUCCCACAGACACAGAGAAAACAAAAUUUCAACAACUUGUAGAACAACAAACUACGGAGUUAAAACUGCCACUUGUUGAAAAACGAUUGGAUGACUUCAGAAAACAUUUACCUCAAAUAAUCAAAGGAAAAAGAAAAAAAUUAUUAGAAAAGGGUAUCAAAGAGUCAGAAAUAAAUAUUACUUCCGAGAGUCUACUGAUUGAAGAGCGACGAAAAAUAGAAACGAUGAAAAUUGAUGGAUUAUUACAGAUUCCCUCUGAGUGUCCAUUGGCGAAAGAGUUUUCCACCGUUGAACUAAAGCUAGAAGAUGGCGACAAAUUGAAAUAUCAAAUAUUUAAAGAUUUGUGGACAAAACAAAACGUGUUUAUUUCAGGUGGAGAUGCUUUCGGGUGCGAUUUUCUGCUCUAUCCCGGUGAUCCACUUUACUAUCACGCAUCUCACAUGGUUUAUAUUUUAUCCGAUCCGACGAUGAAGUUGGACGUAAAAUAUCUUAUCCGGUGCUGUCGUUUGUCCGUAGUUGUUAAUAAGAUUUGUAUUUUUGCAUACGAAAAUGAUAACGGGGAGAUAAAAUACCAAACAAUGGAUUGGGAUGGUAAUGCAGGAAACGAAAACUAUGCAACAUGA